CCAACCUAACUAACAAUUCAUCACCGGUUACAAAUUUAUUUACUUUAAUAGUAUUGUGAUUAGCCAAUAGUAAAUAAUAAUAACUCAAAUGGAUUGGUCAGAGCAUCAAGUAGUGUUGUACGGAAUUAUCUCCUUUUUAUGGAUAGAAACAUUAUGGGAACUGUACCUAGUUUGCCGACAGUUAAAAGUCUACCGAACUACCUUAGAAGUACCUCAACAAUUAACCCAUGUGAUAACUAAAGAAACAUUUGAAAAAAGCCGUACUUAUGCCUUGGACAAAGCAAGAUUUUCCAUUAUCCAAACUCUCUUCUCUCUCUGCUUAACAACAUUCAUACUUUACAAUGGAGUGUUUUUCACAUUUUGGAACCGAGCACAAAAUUUUCUACAAGAAUUUGGGUACACGAAAGAAAAUGAAAUAUCUAUUAGCAUGGUGUUUCUACUGUUUUUCAAUUUAUUCUCAACUGUGUUAGAUUUGCCUUUUACCAUAUAUUACACAUUUGUACUAGAAAGUAAACAUGGGUUCAACAAGCAAACAGUUGGAUUUUUCAUAAAGGAUCACAUCAAACAAUUUAUAGUCAUGCAAGUAAUAUUCUUAUUGAUAUCAGCGGCUUGCAUUGCCAUUGUUAAGUCUGGUGGCGAGUAUUUCUUUGUUUGGUUAUGGCUAUUUGCAUUUGGUACAAGUAUUAUAUUCAUGACAAUAUAUCCUACAUAUAUUGCUCCAUUAUUUGACAAAUUUACACCUCUGGAAGUCGGAGCACUUCGAACAUCAAUAGAAAAAUUAGCAGCUUCAUUGUCAUUCCCUUUAGAACAAUUGUUCGUUGUUGAAGGUUCAAAACGUUCUGUGCAUAGUAAUGCCUACUUUACAGGAAUGUUUGGAGCUAAAAGAAUAGUGUUAUUCGAUACACUUUUGCAUAAAAUUGAUGAGGAUACUAAAGAAGAGAAAGGCUGCAAUGAUAGUGAAAUAUUGGCAAUUUUGGCUCAUGAGUUAGGUCACUGGAAGUAUAACCAUAUCUGGAAAAGGAUUGGUGUUAUGCAGUUAAACUUGCUAUUGUUAUUUGUAAUAUUUUCAAUAAUGUUCAAAUAUAAUGCGCUAUAUACUGCUCUUGGUUUCCCAAAUGAUGUACGACCUGUAUUAGUUGGCCUUUUAUCAGUUAUGCAAUUUGUAAUGGCACCUUAUAACACCAUACUCAAUUUCUUCAUGAUUGUACUGACACGAAAGCACGAGUUUGAAGCAGAUACUUUUGCAGUAAAACUGCAUUUCUCAGAUUCCUUAAAACAUGCUCUGUUGAAAUUGCACAAAGACAAUUUAGGAUUUCCAGCCAACGACUGGCUUUAUUCUACUUGGAACCACACUCACCCAACAUUGUUGCAGAGGUUGAAUCACAUAGAUGAGAAGAAGCAAAAAUAGCUAUACGCUUAAUUUUUUAUUUAAUUGACAACAAGUUUGUGUAAAUAUAAUUUUGUAAUUU